GGCAGGGAGAGAGACACGGGGGACAGAGGCAUGAUGGGCAGGGACACGGGGGACAGGGACAUGGGGGGCACAGGAACACCCGCGCCCUCGCCUGCCGCCCCCCCAGGCACCAGCACAGGGACACCCUUGUCCCCAAGCGCUCGUCACUGGGUAUGGGGAGGUGCGUGUCCCCCCCAAAGCACCGUCCCCCCUGCCCCCCCACCCCGGCCUUUCAUCUCACCCUUUCAUCUCUCUCUGGUCGCUGUGGCAACACCCCGAUGUCCCCAUGCGUUGCCAUGGCACCCAGGGAUGCUCAGAGCCCCCCCGGACCCCCACAGCCCCCCGGGCUCUGCCCCAUCCUCAGCCCCCCCAGCACCCCAGGGUGUCUUGUGCCCAGUGUGGGGCUCCCCCACACCCGGGGGGCGGCGGGGCUGGGGGGGUGGUGGCAGUGCCGGGGGUGUCCCCUCCCUGGCGUCCCUGUGCCAGCUGCGCCAUGGCCAUCGGGGAGGAGCUGCGGAGCGGCUGCUUCUGGCGGGGGGUGCUGGUGGAGGCAGCAGCGACCUUCAUCUUCGUGGGGGUGGUCCUGGGCGCCUCGGCGUCCCCCGCGGCCCUGGCGCCGGCACUGGCCGGGGGGCUGGUGGCCGGGGCGCUGGGCUGUGCCCUCGGGGCGCCCCAGGCCAACCCGGCGCUCACGCUGGCGCUGAUGUGCACCCGCAAGGUGGGCGCCCUGCGCGGGGUCACCGCGCUCCUGGCACAGUGCGCCGGGGCCACGCUGGCCGCCGCUGCCGCCCGCACGGCGCUGCCCCACGGCGCCAGCCUCGUCACCACGGUGGGGACGGGGACGGCGGGACAGGCGCUGGCCUGGGAGAUUUUCGGCACCUUCCAGGUGGCGCUGGCUGCGUUCGGCACCGCCGGGCACGCGGCACCACAUGGCGGGCUGGCCCUGGGCAGCGCCGUGGCUGCCGGCGCCCUGGCCGCGGGGCCGUUCUCGGGGGGCUGCAUGAACCCCGCGCGCUCGCUGGGUCCGGCCAUUGUCACCGGCACCUGGGACGACCACUGGGUGUUCUGGCUGGGCCCGGUGCUGGGUGCGCUGCUGGCCGCGCUUUGCCACGACUUGCUCCUGGCCCCCGGUGCCCCCCGGGCGAAACUGGGCGCCUGCCUCACCUGCCGGGACGUGGCGCCGCUGGACACCCCCAGCCCGGCCCCCUCCUCGCCCUCCAACCGCAGCCCCCCGGCC